UGACUAAGCACUGUUUAUGCUCCUGGCUCCUUCUCCGACGCUUUGCUCAAACUCCAUCCUCGUUCUCAUUCCUUUCAUUCAUUCUCAUUAACAAAUACAUUUCAUGGGACGAGCAAAUAAUAAAGCUGGCGGAAAACCAGCUAAGGGACAUAGGCAGGCAAGAGCAGCCGCCAAUGCUCACGCAAACAAUAAACUCAAGAAGGAUCCCGGUGUACCUAAUCUCAACCCACUUAGGGAACAAAUGCUGCUCAAAAAGAAGCGUGCAGCUGAAGCAAAGCAACUUCAAAAGGAGGCCCGUGAACAGGCUAUGAACAAGAACCGCAGGAUCACAUCUUCAUCUUCAACCCUUUCUAUUCAUGAUAUUGCUCGUCAAGCAGAUGCUCGUGGCAAAGAAUUCGACGAGAAUGUAGUGGUGGCCAAAGCUAAUGAUGGUGUUCGUGAAAUGGUUGAUUCAGCAGCAGUGGGUGGCAAGGAUAACUCGAGAAAAGCUUAUUAUCGAGAGUUCAGGAAGGUUAUGGAGAAUGCGGAUGUGAUUUUGGAAGUAUUAGAUGCUCGUGAUCCUCUUGGAUGUAGAACAAGGCAGAUUGAGAGAUUGAUUAUGGAUUCUGGAAAGGAUAAACGUAUUAUUUUGGUUCUGAACAAAAUUGAUCUUGCACCAAGAGAGAAUGUCGAGAGUUGGCUUAAAUACCUUCGCAACGAAUAUCCCACUAUCGCAUUUAAAGCCUCGACACAAAACCAACGCUCAAAUUUGGGACAAAGUAGCAUUGGCACAGAAUUAGCUUCAGAAGACAUGUUGUCGAGCAGUGAAUGUUUAGGAGCCGAUCAACUGGUCAAGCUCCUCAAGAACUAUUGCCGAAAUGCCAAUAUCAAGACUGCCAUUACUGUUGGAGUCAUUGGUUAUCCUAACGUGGGCAAAUCUUCUGUCAUUAAUUCCCUCAAGCGUUCAAAGGUCUGUGGUGUCGGCUCGACACCAGGCUUCACCAAGGUGGCGCAAGAGAUCACUCUAGACAAGAACAUCAAACUAUUGGACUGCCCUGGCAUCGUGUUCAGUAAAGGAGACAAUGGAGAGACGCCUGCAGAAUUGUUACUUCGAAACUGUGUCAAGGUCGAGCUAUUGGAAGAUCCUAUCUCACCUGUGGAGUUAAUUGUAGGAAGAUGUCAAAAGCAACAGCUGAUGGAGAUGUACGAUGUUCCUUUAUUCGAGGAUGUGAACGAUUUUUUAGUUCAUUUAGCAAGACAGCGCGGUAAGCUCAAGCGCGGAGGAAUUCCGGAUAUCUUUUCGGCCGCACGAUCGAUUUUGAAUGAUUGGAACUCAGGAAAAAUUCCGUUUUAUACGGUCCCACCGGCAACACGCCACACACCCGUAGCAGCAGCGUCGAUGGUAGAGGGAUGGAGUAAGGAGUUUGAUAUUGAUACCCAGGAGGAUGUUCAGGUUCUAGCUAGCAUGAAGUCGACCGUCGAUAUGAGACAUGCUAUGGCCAUGGUCGCGCAGGAACUGGUGGAAGGAGAGAUCGACAUGGAUGCGAUGGAAGAUGACGAUGACGAUAUUGACAAUGGCAAUAUGUCUAUGGAUGAUGAAGAACAAAAUAUGAUGGAGAAUGGUGAUCAAGAAGCAUCCGUACUGGAUCUGUCAUCUAAACCUAUCAUCAAUUUCAAGCCCAAGGUCAAAAAAUUAGAGCCAAAGGUUAAGCCUCAGAUGGCAUUCACACCAGAGGAAGCUGAACUCAACCCUCGCAUCAACCAGGACAGGAAGAAGUGGCUUAAACAGCAACAAAAGAAAGCUCGUAAAGCACAGGCCGCAAUUGAAGCAGGCGAAGAUCUGGAUAUGGAUGAUGACGAUAAUAGUGAUGCUGGCGAAGAGUAUCAGCAAGAGAAUCAGAAUGGGAAUCGUUUCGACUUUGGCAAUUUUAGUACGACGUUUGGUGGCAGUUAUGAAUUACCUGACGAGGACGAGGACUUGUAAAAAAAAAAAACUCAUGUAUACUAUAUUUCCCUCUGGCAUGCAUGUCUUUACGGCUUCACCCUUUUGCAUUAUCACUCAUCCUCAUGCCUUUGCACUACAAUAAAG